AUGAGCCGGGACGCCUGCUCUUUGGUGUGCAAGCGGUGGCUGAUGCUCCAGAGGCUCGGCCGCCAUACCAUCCAUGUUGGUGCCUCCGCCAGUCCCCACGUCCUAAUUGACCUCCUCGCCCGCCGGUUUGUCAAUGUUAGGAACGUGUUCAUCGACGAGCGCCUCUCAGUUUCGCCCCCCGUCCAAUCUGGGAGAAGACAACGUGCUGAUCAGUCUCCCCUUUCGGCCCUCAGACUUCACUGUUUGAAUGAAGAAGACAGCGGGCUGGAUUCAUACUGCUUAUCAGAUUCUGGCUUGUCUGCUAUAGGAGAUGGCUUUACAAAACUUGAGAAGUUGAGCUUGAUAUGGUGCUCUAGCAUUACUAGUGCUGGGAUACAAGCUAUUGCUGGGAAAUGCAGAUUCUUAAAAUCGUUGGAUUUACAGGGGUGCUAUAUCGGGGAUGCAGGUCUAGCAGCUGUUGGGGAAUGUUGCACACUACUUGAGGAUUUAAAUUUGAGAUUUUGUGAAGGUUUGACCGACACAGGAGUGGUUCAGCUAACCUUUGGUUGUGGGAAGACAUUGAAAUCACUUGGUAUUGCUGCUUGUGCAAAGAUUACCGAUGUCUCAUUAGAAGCUGUGGGAUCACACUGCAAAUAUCUUGAGGCUUUGUCAUUAGACUCCGAGAACAUCCAGAACAAUGGCUUGAUUGCCAUAGCCAAAGGAUGCUGCCUGUUGAAAGAUCUGAAGCUACAGUGUGUUAACGUAAUGGAUGAGGCUUUACAGGCGGUUGGCAUCUUUUGUUCAUCAUUGGAGUUGUUGGCACUAUACAGUUUCCAGAGAUUCACAGACGAGAGCCUUGUUGUGAUUGGGAAAGGAUGUAAGAGGUUGAAAAAUCUUACCCUGAGUGAUUGCCACUUUCUGAGUGACAAGGGUUUAGAAUCUGUUGCGACUGGUUGCCCUGAGCUUACGCAUCUUGAAGUUAAUGGUUGCCACAAUAUUGGAGCACGUGGUCUCAUUUCCAUAGGAAAAUCUUGCAAUCGCCUUUCCGAGUUAGCCCUGUUGUAUUGUCAGAAGAUCGAUGAUAAUGCGCUAUCUGAAAUUGGCAGAGGCUGCAAGUAUUUGCAAGCUCUUCAUUUGGUAGAUUGCUCGAGUAUUGGGGAUGAUGCCAUAUGUAGUAUUGCUAGAGGGUGUAGAAACUUGAAGAAGCUCCACAUACGUCGAUGUUAUGAGGUGGGGAAUGAAGGGAUAAUUGCCGUCGGUCAGAACUGUAAGUUUCUUAGAGACCUCAGCCUUCGAUUCUGUGAUAGGGUGGGGGAUGAUGCCCUAAUUUCAAUAGGUGAAGGCUGCUCCUUGCAGCAUUUAAAUGUAAGUGGCUGUCACCUAAUUGGGGAUGCUGGUAUUACAGCCAUUGCUAGAGGUUGUCCUCUACUCAGUUAUUUGGAUGUAAGCGUUCUUCAGAACCUGGGAGAUAUUGCAAUGGCAGAGUUAAGUGAAGGUUGUCCGUUACUAACGGAUAUCGUUCUUUCACACUGCCGUCAGAUAACAGAUGUAGGUCUUGGCUAUCUUGUUCAGAAAUGCACAUUAUUGGAAACCUGCCACAUGGUUUACUGCCCCAGGAUCACUGAAGCUGGAGUUGCAACCGUCAUCACUAGUUGCCUUAACAUGAAAAAGGUCUUGGUUGAAAAGUGGAAGGUUAGCCAGAGGACCAAACGUCGAGCUGGAUCCAUCAUCUCCUACCUCUGCGUCGACCUUUAA